CACACACAAAGCUCCUGGCCACACUGUACAGCACACACACACACACACAGUUCUGGCAACACUACUGCCCCUACAUGUGCUAAGUUUCGUCUGCUACUGGUACUAGUCACCUGUUAUAACACAAGGCGUGAUGGCCACGAUGGACAUGUCAUCAAUGAGUGAGCAGAUACAGGCAGAGGUUCAAGUCAAACAGUUUCGGGACUUCCUGGUACAAUAUAACAAGCUGAGUGAAAGCUGUUUUAAUGACUGUGUGUGGGACUUCACAUCUCGCAGUAUUCGUAAUAAUGAGGAAAACUGUGUACAGAACUGCGUUGAAAAAUAUACAAAGGUAACGCAGCGCAUCUCUGAAAGAUUCCAGGAACUGCAGAUGAUGAUGAAUGAGAAUGUACUAGCAGCAACACAAAAACUGGGCAAGUUACCGGGAGUAUAGGACCAAUAAUUAUAUCCUAGUUAGUAUUCAAUUGAUUUUUAGGGAUUUUGUAUAAUUACAAUCUUUUGUUAUUGCUCUGUAUAAAGUUAAUCAAGUGGAA